GAACUAUGACGUCAUAGUUCUGAAACCGCGCGGUGUGUUUUUAACUGUCAUGCUAGUAGUAGUCCGCACUCACUUGUGCUGCAUGGCGUCGUGAUAUUUACCUCCCACGCAGACUAAAGUUUAUUUAGUUUCCUCGGACAGGAGUUGUGCCGGAAUAAUAAAGUGUACACUUGUGUGCGUCAAAAUGAGCGACGACACCGAUUCUCCUCCUGAAAGGGAGAUGAAGGAUUUUCAGUUUCGAGAAAUGAGGAAAGCGAAAAUUUUCCAACCUUCUGAAGAAAUGCCAAAGGAAAGGACAAGUUUGCUGUGUGUCUCAAACAAAUAUGGCUUAACGGUUGCCGGGAUGGGGAGAACCUUCAAAGUUUACCACACACAGGACAUCAUCGCUGAUAAACAGGAGCGCAGCGCUAACAAGAUAGUUGAAGGAAUUGCAGCGCUGGCGGAGGUAACCAUGGAGAUGAAUUUGCACCACUUGGCUCUCAGUUGUGAUGAGCUUACCUUGUCAGUGUGCGGUAUCGCUACGGACACCGGUUUGUCCAUCGUCUUCUAUGACGUCCGCACCUUUGUGAACAAGGCUCGACCACAGAAGUCGGCGUUUGCAUCGUGGCAGCCGGCCGUGCCCCCGGAAACCUUAGUGCAGGACCUAAAGUGGAAUCCUGCUCAGGCUUCUAUGUUGGCCGUCUGUCUGUCUGAUGGCAGCAUGUCCAUCUUGGACGUAACCAACAGCGUCAACACACAAGCCCAGCUACCCGCUUCCAGCGGUGUCACGUGCCUUUGCUGGAGCCCUAAAGGAAAACAAGUUGCCGUAGGGAAAAUGAAUGGCACUGUCAGCCAGUAUACCCCAGCACUGGAGGAGAAAAAAGUGAUUCCAUGUCCACACUUCUACACGUCUGAUGACCCUGUCAAAGUUCUUGACCUGCUUUGGCUGAGGACGUAUUCUUUCGGUGUGGUCUACGCCGCUGCCGACGGCUCUUCCGAGACCCCACCUGAGCUCGUAUUGAUCACCAUCCCUAAGAAGGAUGAAAAGGUGGAAACAAAGUACCUGAACUUCAGCGACACAGUGUUCGGCUGCUGCACAAAGCGACAGCAUCACUACUUCCUCAGCCACGUCGAGGACUGGAAUCUUGUUUUGGCCGCAUCCGCCGCUUCCAUCGAAGUCAGCGUCAUCGCCAGACAAGACGAAAAGAUCUGGGAGCUGUGGAUCCUGGAGGAUGCUGGGAGGGCGGAGCUACCUGUAACUGAGAACGAUGAAGACACGCUGCCCCUCGGCUUAGCGAUUGACUACACCAAUCAACAGCAGAUUCGCAUCAGCGAUGACAAAACGUUGCCGCCGGCUCCCACGUUGCUCAUGCUGUCCACCGAAGGAGUGCUCUGCCCUUUUACGCUGCUUAACCACAACGCCGGGGUCAAGCAGCUAAUUUCACCUUGCGUCGCCCUCACAGCUGAGGGCGAGAGACUCCCCAAGCCAGGUGCUUUAACAGCCCAGCCCCCCAAAACCACUGCCCCCGUCCCCUCUGCCCUGCCCCCCUUCUCAAACAUUGCUGCGACUUCAUCUGCUCCCUCCUUCAGCAUUCUGCCCACUGCCACCACCUCCGCAUCCUCAGGCUUCUCUUUUGCUAUACCCUCUGCCAGCAGCAACUCUGCUCCUCCCGCCUUUUCCCUCGGGUCAACUGCACCUUUCGGCUCCGGGGCCUCGGGCUUCUCUUUUGCCGCCAAGCCUCCCUCCGACACUCCCUCGGCCCCUUCUGCGUUUUCUUUUAGCACCCCUUCAAAUAAGGUCACAACCCCGACACCACCAAGCCUUGUGACUCCGUCGUUACCUACGGUCAAACAAAAUUUGAAUGACAGAUUUUCAGCUCUAGAGGCUCCAGCAGCAUCCACACCAUCUUUUUCCUUCACGACGUCCUUACCCAAAAAUGGCAGCAUGAGCCAAAGUGUCCCUGCUCUCGCCUUAGCCACUGCCAAGCCAUCGCCAGUGUCAACUCCUGUGCGUCCUAUCCAAAGCAGCACACCAACUCCAGCGGUCCAAAAACCAGCACCAGCUCAUCAAGGCCGCAUCCAAACACCCCAGGCGGCUGUUGGCGUGAAGGUCGUGGACAAACAGGCUCAGCCAAAGAAAGAGUCUGAUCCCAUUAUGACGGGCAUACUGGAGGAGAUUUCACACUUCCAAAAGGAGCUAGAGGAUUUAAAAACGCGAAGCUCAACAGCGGACUUCAAAGUCGGAACCAACGAGGAGAUGAAGGAGCUGAGGAAUGAGUCAGAAGAGCUUAACGUUUUCAGCCUGGAGAUCAAAGAAACAACAGAGUCUCUGCAUGGCGACAUUGGCGCCAUGAAGACCACCAUGCUAGAGGGCUUUGCUGGAGCAGAAGAAGCCAGGUCCCAGACUGAGAUCACCAGGCAACGCAAUUACAGACAACUGCUCUACAAAAGACCUCUGGACCCGCGUAGUGAGGAGCAGCUCAAGGAGAUUCGGAGGCUUUAUCAGUAUGUUACGUUUGCCGUGGAGGAUGUCAAUUGUGUUCUGGAUGUGGAAUGGGAGAAGAGCUUGGAGAGAAAGAAGAAAAAGAAGCACAUGGUGGUGCCUGGGCGUGAAGGUUUGUUCAACACUCUGGCCAACAAUCUGUACAUCAUCAACCAGCAGAAGAACAGACUGGACCAGCUGGUCAGUGAGCUGACCUCCUUGCACCUCUAUAACAAGAUGGACACUCCCAAUGCAAGUCAUAACUCUACUGCAGCAACAUCACCAGGCAAUAUGGAAAAGGAGCUCAACAGCUUAAGGGAGGCCCUCUUGAAGGCCAAACUGGACACCAACCCUUCUCAGGCCAAAAGCCCAUCUCCAGUCAAGAUAUCACCAGUAAAACAGUCCCAGCUGCGCAAUUUCCUCUCCAAGGGCCACAUGCCUCCUGUUCGAUCAACUGCACCAGCCAAUUUGUCUCGCUCUGCCUUCCUGUCGCCAAAAUACUACGAGGAUUUGGAUGACAUAAGCUCCACAUCUUCCCUGUCGCCGUCAAUGGAGCCUCCUCACCUGCCUCGCUUGGAGGUGGAGGAAGAGGAGGAACUGCAGCCAGAGCGCCUCCCCAUGGCUGCUGCCCCCCCUGCGUUCCCUCGCCACCCUACCGUAGUGAGGACUACAUCCAUUCAGCCGGGCUUCGGCUCCAUUCAGUCUGCACCUUUAAGCAAAAUACAGGCUGUGCCAGGCAUGGGCUUCAGACUUAGCCCGAUUCCCAGCCCUGUUCCAACCAAUAAGAUCAUCCUCAGUGGAGCUGACAGCACCGCUCUUGCCACAAAGACAGUCAAACACGGCGCCCCCCCGGGCGAGAGGACUGUACCUGUCACCAUCCCGGCCCAGCAAGCUGCAGCCACCGCUGCCAUGCGCAGGCUGAUGGCCAAUCAGAAGACGGCUGUCGUCAGCACUUCCUUGACCGAGUCAACCUUGAAAAUCGUCCCUCAGGUGGUCAAUGUUCAGGAACUGAAAGACAGAGGGGGUCCAAUUUCUACUCCAGUUAUCAGCUCACCAAUACCAGAUGCAGCGCCUGUGACUCUGCAGGUUCCCACUUCUGUUUCCAACCAGCACAAACGAAAUCCACCCCAAAGUGUGCAGAAAACUUCCACUGAAUGCUCAAGCGCUCCCCAAGCAGGAUUCCUGUUUGGUCAGCCUACUAAAGCUGACACCUCUGUUGGUCCUGUGAGCUCAGCUGAAUCAAGUAUCAGCAAAGCUUUCCCCUUCUCGUCAACCCCUUCAAACUUUAGUUUCACUUCACUCACACCAGGAGCUACAUUACCUCAAGUGAAGGAUGUGAGUGAGUUCUCCUUUGGUGGAAAUGGCAAGAUGAUGUUUGGUCAGAUCGGAGAGGAGCCCUCAAAAUGUCCCCCCUCUGUUGCCGCUACUGUUCCGGCUGGAGAGCCUCCAAAAUCCACAGCGGAAGCACACAUACCGGCUGUUAACCCUACCAGGAUAGACCCCCAAACCCCUAAAACCACAGGAGGAGAAACUUUAGGCAGUUUCUCCGGACUGCGUGUCGGCCAAGGAGAAGAAGGUGUCGAUCCCUCCAACAAACCCUCCACUGCUAACACUGGUUUUAGUUUUGCCGGCGCUGGAAUCGGCAAAGGAGGGGCUCAGUUUGGCUUUGCAGGAGAUCGAAAGUCUGCGGGAGAUUCUCUUGGAACGGACUUGUCCAAAGGGCAAGGGAGUUCGUUCAAACCUCCCGAGACGACUUCCAAGCUGACCUUCUGUAUUACAACGUCAAACACACCCGCCUCAGGAUUACACACGUCAUUCAGCAGUCUCCUUGCAGCCCCCACAGAGCCAAACGAAGACCCUAAACCAGCUGCACAAGCUUCAGAGCCCCCCUCAGAACUUGUAAAUGAUCCUGCUACGGAACUUCCUCCUGAGAGCGUUGCAGCCUUAGAACCUGCAAAACCUACAUUGGAUGCUACCGCAAUUAGAGUACAGGCUUUGGCCACAAGUGUUCCUGUUCCAGUGGCAGCUACUGAGCCACCAGUUCCAGUUAGCACGGCAGACGCCCCUGUAGAGGCCACGGGUGCUGCCGCUGUGACCACAGCUUCUCCAGUUGCUCCAGUCCAGCAAGAGUCCCCGCCUGCCUUCCAGGUGUCCACUUCUGAGAGGCCUGGCUCCAUCUUCUCUAAGCCUGCAACGACAGAAAGCAGCUCUCCUGCGGUCGUGGCUGUCCCUGCUGCCGUCCCUACUGCUGUCCCUGCUGCUGUACCUGCUGCUGUCCUUGCGACCGCCACUCCUGCUUUUUCUGUUCCGAACAUCUCAACAGUCACCACCACCGCUGCUCCUACUGCCCUUGCUGCUAGCACUGUGUUUGGGCAACCUGCCGCAUCUCCUCCAGCCUCCACUGUCCCCUCGGCACAAUCUACCACAGGUUUCGGCUCGUCUGCAUUUGGUGCAUCAGCUGAAAGUGGGUUUGGCAAAUCUGUUUUUGGCCAGUCAGUCGGCUUUGGCCAGCCUGCUAGUAGCACAGUAACAGCCGGCGGCUUCUCCUUUGGACAAUCUGCAUUUGGAGCGAGCCCAAGCAGCGCCCCCACAGGAGGCGGUCUUUUCGGGGCAUCCACUGCUAACAAUGCAAGUUCCUUCUCCUUCAGCGCGAACGCCCAGACGUCCAGUGGCAAUGGUGCAGGGGUGUUCGGACAGAGCACAACCUCUGCAUUCGGACAAAGCUCGGGAUUUGGACAAGGGGCGCUUUUUGGGAGCAACACCACCACAUCUUCGUCUGCAGGUUUCAGCUUUGUUCAGCAGUCAGCCUUUGGAUCCUCCCCAUCGUCUGGAUUUGGCCAGCAAUCCAGCACCGCCAACGUAUUUGGACGGCCUCAGCAGUCGGCAGGCGGUCUGUUUGGUUCAAGUUCUACCAAUGCAGCUUCACCCAGUAGUGGACUCUUCAGCGGCCUGGGAGGCAAACCGACUGAAGAGGCUGCCAACAAGAAUCCAUUCGGUCCCACUGGGUCCCCUGGAGGGUUCGGGCAGCCUGCGCAGACAGGUGCCAAUAGUCUCUUUGGUAGUACUGCUGCCAAAACCGUUGGAUUCGCACAGUCCUCCUUUGGAGAGCAGAAACCAAGCGGAACAUUCAGCACAGGUGGGGGGACUGUUGCAUCGCAGGGCUUUGGCUCCUUCGCCUCUCCAACAAAACCAGGUGGUUUUGGCAGUUCACCAGUGUUUGGGAGCCAACCUGCUUUCGGUGCAUCUCCAUUUGGUGCCGCCACGCCAUUUGGCGCCCCUCCCUCCUAUAACAACGCCAUUGGCUCCUCAGCCGGGAAAGUGUUUGGAGAGGGAACAGCGGCUUCCAACAUGGGUGGAUUUGGUUUCGCAUCGCCACCUUCAGGACCAUCCUUUGGAGCUCUAGCGAACCAGAGCACGCCAUCAUUUGGGAGCCUGACCCAGCAGGGCCCUGGUUUUGGAGGUCAGCCAAGCAGCUUCUCUGGCUUUGGACAGCAGCCUCAAACUGGAGGAUUUUCAGGAAACACCUUUGGCUCCACAAACCACUUGCAGUCUCUGAGGCAUUGACGAUUGACACAAACAGUACUUUUCAUCAAUGUUGCUCCAACUUUCUCUGAUUGCUGUUGUCAGAUCAGCUUUGAGUCUUGCCAUGGACCAUUUUCUAUAGUUUCCACCACAGAUUUUCAAUUGAAUUGAGAUUCGGACUAUUUACAGGUCAUGACAUUGACUUUGUGUCUUUCUUCAAGGAAUGUUUUUCCAGUUUUUUCUCUUUUGCAAGAUGCAUCAUCAUCUUGAAAAAUGAUGUCAUCAUCCUCACCCUUUCGAUUGAUGGAAUAAGAAGUGUCAAAAAUGUUACUGUAAACUUGUGCAUUUAUUAAAGAUGUAGUGACAUCUAUCUUUCAAUGCCAUUACCUGACAUGCAGCCCCAUAUAAUCAACGGCGGUGAAAAUGUGCAUGUUUUCUUCAGGCAGUCGUCUUCAUAAAUUUCACUAGAACGGCACCAAACGAAAAUUCCAGCAUCACCUUGCCCAAUGCAGAUUUGCGAUGCAUCACUGAAUAUGACUUUCAUCCAGCCAUCUGUAGACCAUGAUUGCUUUUCCGUGGUCCAUUGGAACCUUGUUUUUUAUGUCUAAGUGUUAAUGACCGUUUUAAUUUAGCUUUACUGUAUUUAAAUCCCUUCUCCUUACAGUUUAGUCACAGACGACACCAAUUUCCGUCCAUGUGUUCUUCAUUCGUUUUGCUGGCCAUUUUUUGUUUUCAAGACAUACUGCUUUAGGUUUUUCUUCUUGACACUUUGUUUUCCCAGGCCUACCACUAUGCUUACCUUUUACAAACUUCCCAUGUUGCUACUGACUACCACGAUUCACAUACUUGAUUUAUUUUAGUGUUUCUUCAAGCCAGAAAUUUGCCAUUUGAAAUGGCCGUACUUUUGUGUCAUGUCUGUUACCUGCCUUUUUCUUCAAAAAUGUAACAACUGACUGAACAUCCUUCAGGUCUGGGGAUUCCAUAAUUUUGCGAGGGGUUGUAUUUUUGAAAGAUAUUGUACAACAAUUUUUCCUUAAAUUACGCAUUGUAAACAUAAACAUGGCUUAAUGAACUAUGAAUAUCAAUUCUAUGGUAGUAUAGGCCACUAAAAGAUAACAAGCCAAUCAGAUCACGCUGUUUAGUAUUGUGACCACUGAUUGGUUCUGCCUCAGGCAGCAUAAUUAUUUUGGAUGAAUAGAUUGGAAAGUUGAUUAAAUGUCCAUAAGUCUCUCAUAAUAUUAAAACAUGUAGCAAACCAUUGUUUUUAUUUAUUUUGUAGCUAUGUAAACAUUAGGUUUAAAAAGAUUCCUACUAUGUGGAAGUUAAUUUAUUGCGGUCAUGUCCGGAACGAUAAACGAGAGAUUACUGUAUUAUUAUUUUUUUAUUUAAAAAUACACAAUAUUUUGCUUUAUCUGGUCUGCCUCUUAUGUUGGCUGUCACAUGGUCGCCAUGAUCCCCGGGGUGUGUUCUGCUGGAAUGCACUCUGAAGUGUGCACAACUGACACAAAUAAUAAUUCUCGCCCUCUCUAUAGCUAUUUUUAGUUUAGUUCUCAUUUCCAGGCCGCCAUCACCUCAAUGUAAAACAAAACAAUACAAAAAAAACAUUUAUUGUAGGCUUGUACCAGUUACGAAUUAAGUGAUUCUGCAAAUUAAGCGUCUAUAUUGCCCUUUCAUAAACCACCCAAUACAUGCAAGAUGUAAUGUUCUGUGAGACAAUUCUGCUUAUUUUUCUAGAAAACUUGGAGCAUUUCUCUUGAUAGAACUUGUUUGUCACAGUUACAGAUAACUACAUCACAAUUAGGCCUUUGUGCAUGUUGAACUACUUAUUUGUUAAAAUGACAAGAAAAUACAUAUAACUUGGGCUUAGUCUACAUACAUCAAUAUUAUGGAGACAAAACAUGACAUUACACCUACUUGACAUAAUACACCUGUUUGACAUCUUGAUUUGACAAAACCUGUCUG